AUGGCGUCACCUGAGGUACAGAAAAUUGUCGACGAUCUAAUUCGCACAAAAAAGGUGAUGGUUUUCUCCAAAUCGUACUGCCCUUUCUGCACUAAGGCGAAGAAUGCCCUUGCUCCGUACAACAUUCCAGCCGAUGAUUACUACGUUUGGGAAAUUGAACAUGAGCCGCAGAUGGCAGAGAUUCAAACUUACCUAAAGCAGCUCACCGGUGCAUCCUCUGUUCCUCGUGUCUUUAUCAAUGGCAAGUUCAUUGGUGGUGGUGAUGACACCGCUCAACUUCAUAAAAGCGGUCAACUUGCUCAGUUACUCCAGUAA